AUGGUCAACCUCACGGUGAUGAGGGAAUUCCUCCUGUUGGGAUUCUCAGAGGUCCGGGAGCUGCGGCUGGUCCACGUCGCGCUGUUCCUCCUGGUCUACCUGGCGGCCCUGACGGGGAACCUCCUCAUCGUCGCCGUCACCACCCUCGACCGGCGCCUCCACACCCCCAUGUACUUCUUCCUCAGGAACCUGGCCCUCAUCGACCUCUGCUACAUCUCCGUCAUCAUCCCCAAGUCCAUCCACAAUUCUUUGACCAACAAUAACUCCAUCUCCUUCCUAGGUUGCAUCACUCAGCUCUUUCUGUGGAUGUCGUUUGCGGUUUCUGAGUAUUUCGUCCUCACGGCGAUGUCCUACGACCGCUACGCGGCCAUCUGCCUCCCCCUGCGCUACGAGCUCAUCAUGGAUCGAGGGGCCUGCGGGAAGAUGGCCGCUGCCACCUGGCUCGGCGGAGGGCUGCUUGGGGCCUUGCUUUCCUCUUCGACCUUCUCCAUGUCCUUCUGCAGAUACGAUGUCAUCCCCCAGUUCUUCUGUGAUGCCCCCGCUCUGCUGAAGGUCUCCUGCUCCGAGGAACAUGUCGCCGCGGACGUGAGCAUGGCCAUAGGGGUAGUGGUUGCCGUCGUAUUCUUCGUGGUCAUCGUCGUCUCCUACGUCCGCAUCUUCUUGGCCGUGCUGAGGAUGCCGGCCACCGAGGGCCAGGCCAAAUCCUUCUCCACCUGCCUGCCCCAUCUCGCCGUCGUCAUUGCUUUUUUCUCUACCGGGUCUUCCGCCUACCUCCAACCGCCGUCGGACUCCCCCUCGAUGCUGGAUCUGCUGCUGUCCACGUGCUACACCAUGGUGCCCCCCACCCUCAACCCCCUCAUCUACAGCCUGAGGAAUAAAGAUGUGAAGUCUGCCCUGGGAAGGGUC